GUUCGAUCGACACCGAGGCCCGUCGUUAAGUAAGUGUGGCCAUUAUCGUGGGCAUCAGGCAACUGAAGAUUUCCUUAUUUUCAAAGUCGAAGUCCCUCUUUCUGUUGUGGACGACUGGAGGCGGGUUCCACAUAUCCCCUGCCCCGUUUCAUUCCAGUUUGACGGGCUGAGAGGAGGUAGUGUGUCUGAACGCUGUCCUCAAGCUACAUCCAACGCUGUGAUUUCGGCGCGUCGAGGUAGUAUGCCUGCAUGCCUGUGAGUCCCUAAAAGAAGUCACCGUAUCAUACCCGCCACCAAAAUGUCGAAGAAAUCAGCAGGUGGGAAGAAGAAAAAGGACGAGCCGCCGCCCCCGAUCGGGCCGGGCAGUAAGAUUUCGGCCUUGCCCAAGGUCGUCUUACGUCACGUGGACCAGACGCGGGGCUGGAAAGUGGACGCGAAUUUCUCAACGUCUAAUAUGAAGGCUUUGCCAGAGCACAUUUACAAAAACGAAGAGCUGUCAGACCGUCUUCGCGCCAUCUCUGCGCCGAACAACAGGAUGAAGAAAGUCCCUGGCGGAAUUUCCGUCCUGCAGUCUAUCGAAGAGAUCGACUUCAAGCACAACACCAUCAGCAAGCUCCCUGGAGCAGUCGUCAAAUUAAAAGCCUUACAGUGGCUGGACGUUUCGGAAAAUACCAUCAAAGCUCUCCCAAAGACAAUCCACAAAGCAUCUUCACUAACCAAAGUCGUGGCGUCCAACAAUAAAAUUAAGAAACUGCCCAAAAAGAUUGGCGACAUGCCGGCGCUUAAGGAGCUAGACGUUUCCAACAAUUCCCUUAAGACAGUACCCAAGACUGUAUAUAAGAAUCCGAUCAGGUUGAAUAUAUCGGGGAAUAUGCUAGAAAAAUUGCCCGACGUGAGCUUAAAAGCGGCACAUUUGAAUGAGAUUGACGUAUCCCGAAAUAGGUUGAUAAUGCUCCCCGAAAGUUUGGAAAUGCUGAAAUGUCUAUGCUGGAUGAACAUAUCCCACAAUUCAUUCCAGGAGCUACCGGCGGCAAUCGGGCAGCUACGGUUCUUAAAGUACCUGGACGCGUCUCACAAUCAGAUCCUAGACCUACCUGACGAACUCUGCAAUCUUGAGUACGCUCUACGAGAGUUGCAUCUCUCUCACAACCAGCUCGACCGUCUGCCGGGCGAUUUCGGGAAGCUACGGGAGCUCCAAAUCUUCACAUGUGCCCAUAACCGUCUCAAGGGUCUACCUGCUAGCUUUUCUGACCUAAAGGCCCUGAAGAAAUUAGACCUCGAGAAGAACCGUUUGCAGAGCAUUGAUCAAAUCAGCGGGCUACGAUCCUGCCACACUAUGUUGUUUGCACACAACCAGGUGACGUCACUACCAGAUAACAUAGAUCAAUGCUCGGCACUAACCACGCUCGAGCUCCAGCAUAACGGGUUGAAGGCACUGCCAGAGGCACUGGGUAAAGCCACGUGCCUUAAGACAAUUGACAUUUCACACAAUGAGGUAGAAGUGAUACCCGAGCAAUUAGGCGAGAGGCAACUUCUAGUCACGAUCAACGCUGCACAUAAUAAGAUCUCAGAACUGCCGCAAGAUCUACGCCGCCUUCGGACCCUCGAAACCCUGAACCUGGCCCAUAACAAGAUGACCCACAUACCGCUUAAAGAGUUCGCCAAAAAUUUUGAAAUGUUACUUCACCUCGACCUGUCGGCAAACACGAAAAUAAACGAAGUAAUCACUCCAAAAUCUCUGCUUUCUCUCGGACUGUCCGAGAUUCUUCUCAACCGACCCGAGAAGACGUUCGCCGACUUGGCCUACUUGUCUGAGCUGGACAUCUCCAGUACUCAGAUGGAAGAAGUUCCAGGCCCAGUGUGGAGACUCCGCUCCCUGACCAAACUGAACUUAGCCAACAACCACCUUACCUCUCUCCCGGAAGAGAUUUCCAAGCUGAAGGCUUUGCGCGAGCUGGACGUGUCCAAGAACCAGCUGACCGCUCUGCCGGACCAGAUUGGAAUCCUUGCCUGGCUGACGCGUCUUGAUGUCUCGGAAAACCGCCUCGAGACUUUCAACCCCGAGCUCACCAAGUUACGGUACAUGCAGCACCUGAAUAUGGCCCACAACAAGAUGAUCAUGUUGCCUGAACACUUCGGAGAAAUGGGUCAAAUGGUGACCUUGAACUUGGCCGACAAUCGUCUGCAGUAUCUUCCCAAUGAUCGUAUCGACGUGAUGGCGUCUCUAACUCACCUGGAUGUCUCCGAAAACUGGAUACAGUGCAUUCCAAGCGACAUGCCAUACCUGUACCGCAUUCACGUGCUUCUCUUGGCUGGAAACGACAUCCGAGAACUUCCCAAAGACAUGGGCAAGAUGGCGAUGCUGCAGAAGCUGGAUCUCUCUGACAACCUCAUCGCCGUCAUCCCAGACUCUUUGUGCAAGUGCUCGUGCCUGAAAAAUCUAGACAUUUCCGACAAUCGCAUCGUCACGUUUCCGCGUGGUCUGGACAAUUUACGGAACAAACAGCAGUGCGAGGUGAAGGUCGAGAACCAGUUCACAGGCAAAGAGAAGCCGCCGCGCCCGAAGCUACCAGGCUCGGAAAAAGAGGAGGAGGCUAAAUCGGCCAAACCAAAGAAGGGGAAGAAGAGCGGAAAGAAGGCGCGUACGAUCACACCGGGUGCCGCUAAUGUUAAACCGAAGGGGGCCAAGAAAAAAUAAAACUGUGUACCUAGAUCCCCUUGGGGUUAAUCUGUCAGGAAGCUCUGAUCUCUUAGCUAGUCUCUUGUUCUGACUUACAGAAGCAGUUUUGUCCUUUAAAAAUGUAGUUUACCACUGGUUUCGUAUUAUUUCCAUUAAUUUCUGUGCCGGUUACAGAAAAGUGUCACGGAAUUACAAAAGUGUCACGUGUCCUUGUCCAGCCUGUGUUACAGCAUGGCAGUGAACCGUGUGACGGAAAGUCUCGAGUAGAUGGGGGUUAAAUGAUAAAUAAUAUUGCAAGACUCCCAUACAUGACAGCAUUACUCUGUGCGUUUACGACUGAUGAUCAGGUGCUGUCAGAACAAUUGCUGGUGUCUUUGCAUCGUUUCACCUUCAUUAAGGAUAUGUAGAGAAAGAGAGACUUUUAGACAAUUUUGUUAUCUACGCAUCAUAUUAGUUUCAUUUCAUAUAUUGAAUAGCCAGUCCAGGAUGGACUAUGAUGAUGUUUUGUAACACAGCGACGUUAGGUGGCGCUGCUAGCAACUUCAUUUUGAUCAUCCUUUAUGUUUAUAUAUUUUUUUACUAUUAUCACAUAAUGUAUGACAAAUAGUAGUUACGGUUUCAGUUACAGUUAGCUUCAUUUUUCGUCGUUAUUACAGCAUGUCGGCUUGUGCGUAUCAAAAUGUGACUCCUGAAGCCCGCUUUACAGAAAGAUUGUUUACAUGGAAUUAUUCGUUAUAAGAUAUAAGGUUUUGACAAAAAUAUUGUCUUUCAUGGGACCUAUGACCUUGCUCAAUACUUGUAUGUCAUCUCCAUAAUGGCUUACUCUACGCAUUGAAUCUUAUUUUACGCAUUCCUUUCAACAUGCAUUGACUUCCUAUUUCUACGCAAGCGGCUUCACGCUUAUUCCCCAUUUCUUAUUUUUGAACGGGGUCAAGAUGUAAUAUGUUCAGAAUUAUUGUUUUAUUUUGUUGCACUAUCUUGAGAAACAUAUAUAGAUUUGUUUCAAUUUCAUUAUUUUUUGGUAUAUUUUUGUACUAUCUUAAGUUGCUAGUAUAGGUAUAAGGUGAAAGGGAGGAGUACUUAACCCGAGAUUAUGAUAAAAACACAAAUUAGUGAAUUAUGCAUAUGUAUCUGACUGCUAUAAUUAAAGAUCAGGUUUUCUAUGAAAUUGCGAUACUAAAUUAUAUGCAUAUUUUAAAGAAAUUGGCGAUUAACGCCAGUGCUGCUAAGUGACAUAUUUGGUAAAAAAAAAGGAUGGAAAUAAGAUUAACACCUUACAUUACUGUUGCUUAAUUGCUGUAGCAUACCUUUCUUUAAACAAUUCAUAUCAAUUAAACCAUACGUUUUGAUAAUAAUUAAUCGUUCUCUUUCAUAUUUGUACGUAGGUGUUUUAACUCUAGUGUCAUUAUUAAAGCCGUAUUGUAGACUAUCUGUAGUACUUACAUUACUUGCAUAUAACUAUAUGCUCUAUGUAGCUUAAAUGUCACUAAGAGCUAUAAAUUGCAUCAUCUAACCGUGGUACAAUCUCUGCUAUCAUUUAAAAUAGUAAAGAAAUCACCACCAGUAUACGGUAUAACAAUGUUACAUCAUUUAUUCAGAAUUUCAGAUCUGAUGCUGUCUAUUUUCUUGGUUUUAAAACCUUCUCCAUAUUACCCGCAUAUCUAGGCGGACGGGUUGACACUGCUUAGAUACAGACCUUUUUUAUCUAGGUCAUUACAGACAUUUUCUAUUUAGGUCAUUCAGACUUUCCUUUUCUAGGUCAAUCUUUGUAAUUGACAAGAUCGUCUGCUUGAAUCUGGAGCUCGGGUUUGAUGAUCAUAGAGAGGAUGAGAAUAUAUAUUGAUAAAUUUGGAAAUUAGAAUGCACGGGCACUUGGUGAAAUGUAGAGGGCUGAGGGCAAUAAAGGAGAGUAUGAGUAGCAAAUGAUUUUACAGUCUGUAAAUAUUGAAUAAAUAUUA